CCUCGGCCGCCUCCCAAACUUUUCAAAGUCGGCCCGCGGCCCGGCAGGCCUGGGCUCCGAGCUCGGCCGGGAGGACCCCGGGGACCAGGAGGAGGACCCGGAGGACCAGAAGGAGGACCCGGAGGAGGAGGGGCCACCGCAUCAAAGACGCCGGCUUCCCGCGGCCCGGGGGCGAGCCAUGCGCGGCGGUCGGUAAUGUCAGCGGAACAGGACAAGGAGCCCAUCGCGCUGAAGAGAGUUCGAGGUGGUGAUAGCGGACUGGAUGGGUUAGGAGGACCAAAUAUACAACUAGGAAGCCCAGAUAAGAAGAAACGCAAGGCCAGCACACAGGGACCUUCCUUUCCUCCGUUGUCUGAGUAUGCACCACCACCAAAUCCAAACUCCGACCAUCUAGUGGCUGCCAAUCCCUUCGAUGACAAUUACAACACUCUUUCCUACAAACCUCUGCCUUCGUCCAAUCCCUAUCUCAGCCCUGGUUAUCCUGGCUUUGGAGGCUACAGCACGUUCAGAAUGCCACCCCACGUCCCCCCAAGAAUGUCUUCCCCGUACUGUGGUCCUUACUCACUCAGGAAUCAACCCCAUCCAUUUCCUCAGCAUCCCUUGGGCAUGGGCUUUAAUCGGCCGCAUGCUUUUAACUUUGGGCCGCACGAGAAUCCGAGUUUUGGAAACCCACCGUACAAUAACGUGCUGACGCAGGACAUUAACAUGCCCGGUCAGCCUUUCAGACAAAGUUCUGCUGAGAACUUCAGUCCGAUUCCCCCGCAGAACGCUGGCCAGGUACCUAACCCUGACCUGCCACCUAAUUUUGUCCCUGGAAACAAUUCGAAUUUUACCUCACCGUUAGAAUCUAAUCAUUCUUUUAUUCCGCCCCCAAACGCGUUUGGUCCAGCAAAAGCGCCACCUCCCAAACAAGACUUUCCUCAAGGGACAACCAAAAACACGAAUCAGAAUUCCUCUGCCCACCCCCCUCACUUAAACAUGGAGGACACGGUCAACCCGAGUAACGUGGAAUUGAAAAAUGUCAACAGAAACAAUGCCGUGCAAGAGAACAGCCGUUCGGGCAGUGCAGAGGCCGCCAACAGCCAUGCCAACGGGACCCAGAACAAGCCGCGGCAGCCCCGGGGGGGCGCAGCCGAGCUGUGCACGCCCGACAAAAGCCGCAAGUUCGCCCUGCACCCCGGCCGCCACGGCCACUCGUCCUCUGACCCCGUGUACCCAUGCGGGAUCUGUACCAACGAAGUGAAUGACGAUCAGGACGCCAUCCUGUGUGAGGCCUCCUGCCAGAAGUGGUUUCAUCGCAUCUGCACCGGCAUGACGGAGACGGCCUACGGGCUCCUGACGGCCGAGGCCUCUGCGGUGUGGGGCUGUGACUCGUGCAUGGCCGACAAGGAUGUCCAGCUGAUGCGCACCCGAGAGGCCUUUGGUCCGCCCGCCGUGGCCGGUGAUGCCUAACCACGGCCGUCACCCAACCUGGCUUCCUUUCCUCCUCCGUGCAGAACAGAGAUUUGGUGACAUAGGAGUUUCAUGUUUGACAUUUUUUUUUUGGAAAUGGCACAUACAAAAAUUUUACAUUUUAGUUCUUACUAACAUG